AUUUCAAAAUAUCCUAAUUCCUGCUAGCUACAAAAAUGGUUUUGUCACAAAUUUCUAUUAUUUUGUCGUUGUUACCGUUUUUUGUACAUCUCAGUUUUAUAAAUGAAGAAACUGAUUUGAUAAAGAAACAAAAAAUUCAUAAUAUAACUGAUAAAAUUGAUAAAAUAGCCCGUGACAUACAAACUCAUUCGUCUAUAAAUGAUAAAUAUCAACUUCUGAGCAAUAUUGAAAAAAAGUUACAAAAAGCUGCACAACAUUUAGGUCGCAAAGGUAAGAAUCAUGUCGAGUUAAUUAUGCAAGGAAUUAAAUUAAAAGCCUUUAACAAUUCAAGAGAAACUACAAAGAUUAGUUAUGGAGAGAAAUUAGAAGACGAAAAAAUCCCAAGCUUAGAUAAAAAUCAGCUUGUAAACACAAAUAAUAUGGAUAUUUUAGCGACAAAAAUUAAUUUACUUAUUGAGAAUGAGUUAGAAGGGCUACAAACGGCACAUAAUAAACAUACGCUUUUGGAGAACAUCAAAGAAAGAGUGCUUGAAUCUGUUAAUGAAAAACAGAGAGAAAUUUAUAAAAGUGAUAACGAAUAUAGAAUUGAUUCAAAUAAUACAAGGCGCGUCGUUCUAAUAGGUAGCAAUCAUGAUGAUGUUCAAAGUUAUUCCGAUGACAACCGAGAAGGAAUUGUUCAUGGGAUUCAUGAAGAUUUACGAAUAUUCAGUAAUAAGACUUUCAAAGAUAUGACAACUUCACCCAUGUGUCAGGAAAUAUCUGACCGUAUUUGCUCACAAAUAAAAAGUAUGAAUUCCUUGAAAUGUCUUUACGAUGAUAUUAUAGUGCCACUUGAUAAGUUAUGCAAUGGUAUCAUUGACUGCCCAGAUAAAUCUGAUGAAAAAUAUUGUGGCUCACAAGCUAUGGAAAGAAUGCAAUACUCUAAUUGGGUAAUAACGAAUAUCAAGUCCGAACUCGAAAGCAAUAAUUGUUUUAAUCUGAACAAUAGUAAAACAAUUACGUCAAAAAGAAAUCAAAUAAUGCAAAAUGUGCUGCAAAUGCAAGAAGAUUUUAAAGAAAAGUAUCAAAAUUCCUUUCAUAGUAACAAUUUGAUCCUGAAAAAGGAUCCUAAUGAAGAAAACGUGAAAGUUAAAUCGAAUGAAAUUGCUGCAACUAUAAGAUCUUUUGCACGAGCAUUGGAAAGUGUAUUGUGUUCGUACAUAUCUAAUGAAUUUCAAACACGGAGGAGAGCUGAUAUCUUGGAUAUAGACCGAAAUAUGCUCAAAGGAACUUCUUGGCUGCCAGAGAAAUGUAAAUGUGACACAGAAAAGUGUACUAAUUGUACAAAUGUCUGCAAACGUAUUUGUUCGCAGCAGAAUAGUCUCACAUUAUGGAAUUGUGAGUCAAUACACGGCACUGAUACAGUAUCCUUAAAUUCGCUAUGUGACGGCAAAUUAGAUUGCUUGGAUGAAAGCGAUGAGAACGAUUGCUUGAAAGGUAACGGUUACGAGAAAUUCGAGGCACACGAUAUAUAUAGUAACAUUCUCAAAAUGAUAAAAUUAAAAGCUUCAAAAGAAAAGUUCCCAACACAAACGAAGUUAUUAAAUCUUUGGAAUUUAAUCUCCAAGUUACAGCAGCUCACUACGAAGUACAUACCUGAUACUAUGGCGAUAAAACAACUUAGAAAUAAAUGCUACUCCUUAUUAAAGACAAUAUAUUCGGAUAAACUACUUGAAUCGUACGCUGCUAAUGAGUCGGAAGAGACUUAUUUAUUUUUAAUGUCUGUUAACGAAAAAUUAGGAGCUGCUUUAAAACACUCUCAUACAGGAAAUAGUAAAAUUAUAGCCGAUGGAUGCUAUUGUAGAAAUGGACUAUGUGCCACAAAGAUUUGUUCCAAAAUAUGUCUUAAAGCGUGCGCAGUUGAACCUAAAUUAACGCGAUACCAUUGUGACGAAGGUUCCACUGCAACAACAUCUAUAGACGAGAUUUGUAAUAAUAAGACAGAUUGUCCUAAUGGUUUUGAUGAAUUUAACUGCAGAAAAGAUGAGAUUUGUCGUCGUCAUCAUCUAAUACUCCUACGUCAUAAUUUACAAGAUAUUGGUGAGAACCUUAAAGGAACCUCCUUAGGAGAGCUGCUUAUUUCUUGGAAAACGAAGGUAAUAUCAACAUUAAAAAUUGCUGAAAAAAAUAGAAGACCAAGACCAAGAGUUUUAAAGAAGAUUGUGAAAGAUAUUCUUAGAGAUUUACUCGUGACCUACGGCACUGUUGAGGAUUAUCGAAGAAGCAACAUAGAAUACGCUUUGCCGGAGUUCUUGCUAAUUGCUCAAAUUAUAAUGGAAACAUUGAAAUUUUGUGAUAAAUAUUACGGUUUUGGUGGAAGACCACCACACGGCUAUCCCCAUGGGCCACCGGGAUCCGGUGACCAUCCGCAUCCAUAUCCCUACGGACCCGGAGUUGUUUUCUAUCCAGUUCAUCCCGCAUAUUUCUAUCCCCCCCACCACCACUUUCCCCCACCGGUACCACCUCCAGAGGCAGUCCAAGUAGUCGAUUCUAAUCCAGAAGAUGAUGUACCACAAUUACCCGGAGAGACAGUCGAGUUGCCAUGGAGUACAUAUCGUUGGGUUCCCGCAUGCUUAAGCCAAAGGAGUAUCCCAAUGGGAGCUCUUCGUGUUGGCACGGACGUUGACGGAGAUGAAAUUUACGCAGGCAGAGCUCACCACGAAGGAGAUAUUCUCCCAGCCAAGGUCAUUCCUUCCAAGAAUGCCUGCUACAUCGCAUACAAUGGUGAAGAGUUACCGAAGGAUCAGUUUGAGGUGCUGGUCCCCGCCAUGUUCUCGUGGCAGUUCUCCACCGACGGCAACGUCCCCCCAGGCGCAGUCGAAGCCGGCGUGACUGCUGACGGAGAGAAACUUUUCUUCGGAAGGGUCACGCACGAUGGCUGCACUACUCCGGGAAAGAUCCACCCAAGUCAUGCCACUUGCUACUAUCCCUUCGAUGGUGAAGAGAGAAGCUCAUCGGAGUACGAAUGCCUCGUCCUUAUGUAAAUCAUUGGAGCCAGAUUAAUAGUCUAAUAGCAACAUCAAGGACAUUAUAAAAUACAUAUAUUUAAGUACUAUAAAUCAUAAUGAGUAUUAAACGUAACAUAAUAUCUUAGUUCCCAAGGUUGGUGGCGCGUUGGCGAUGUAAGCAAUUGUUAAAAUUUCUUACAAUGCCCACUUACCAUCAGGUGGCCCAUAUACUCGUCCUACCUAUACUAUAAAGAAAAAAAAAACAUUAAACUUAAUUUUUAAGCAUUUAUUUGAUUU